UAAACACUGGGCUUCACUGUGCGCGUUAGUGUAUUCUUGUGUGCCCUUUUUUCCACGACAAAGGGAUUUAGACAUCGAAAGCUGUUAUUAUUACAAACAGAUUCAAAUCAAUUUGACGACUUCUAUCUUUUAACAUAAUUUCACUCUCAACCUUCCUUUGUCGUUAUAGCUGUAAUCUUUAAUUAAGCGGUGUGUUGUUUUAGAAAUUAUUUACCAGUGCCUCAACUUCAUAACGUAAAAAUGCUCGAAAUGAACAGCUCAGGUGAGUAAAUUAUUUUUUUUUACGAUAUAUAGUUUUGAAACUUAUUUCCUAUAUAUAACCUUCACAUUUUUGAAGGAAAUGUACAACCUUUUAGAUUAUCUGUUUCAUAAUUCUUUCAGUUUUCCCUACGAAAAGCCUCGGGUUUUCACAGGAACAGAUCACGUGUUUCGAGGUUGCUCUUGGAUUAUUUGCAUUCUUCUUCGUCCUUUUCCUUCUGUUUUGUACCGUCCUAAAGGAAAAGCUGAAGUCUCUUCUCGAAUUCGACAUUAACAUAUUAGAAAAUAAAUCAAAUAGGAAUCUGCAUGCCGUAAAAGUGUCGACUGAACGAAAUGACUACACUUCUGGUGAAAAAGAAUUGGAAACACAUUAUAUACAAAUCAAUUUGCAAUAACAUUGGGAAAUGUAUUUUAGUGAUUGCAACGACAUUUCUCAUUUUCGUAUAUAUGUUUGAUUUCUUCCAAGAUUUGUUCAUUGUUUACUAUUUUUUUGAGAUUGGGAAGAGAGAAAUCGCUCUUAUAUAUUUGGCUUUAACCAUUAUUCCGAAAUUUUUGUCCUAUUUCUUGGUGCUUUAUCCUCUGUUUUAUCACGUCGAUUCAUCAAACAAACGCCGGCGAUUAGCGCUUGUAUUGCUUGCCUGUUUUCCAUUUCUAAAAAGCUGCAUAUUAUGCUGGACAAUUCGAAUGGGUUGGAAACGCUGGAAAACGAGAUGGUAUUUACAAGCUUUAACGUUUAUCUUGCUGAUUGAUGCUGCUCUUGGGGAAAUUCCACAGACGAUUAUAUUGUAUUUUAUUAAGUAUGAAAAUAACGAUCUGAACAUAGAUUUGUACAACACACGAGAUAUCUCUUUAGUCAUUAAUUUCGUGUCCUCCCUAAUAAGUGUAUUUUUUGCCACGAAGUACCUGAAUAAAGACGAAGACCGAAGACUGGAACAUUCCAAAAGAACUCUUACUCAAUCGCACAAAAAUACAUGUGUAUCUAUUUGGCGCAAUAUUGCUUAUUUACUUGCUCUGUUGUUUGAGAGAGGUAUUGAAAUUUUUAUUCGAAUCGUCAUGUUUGGCACAUUUGCAUCUGUUGUUGGAUGGAAUCCAGCCUUGUAUGUUUUUAUAGGUCAUCUUCUUAUGUUUAUUGUCUUAACCAUACUUUGUUUUCGAAAACUAAAACAAAAACACAUUUUCUAUGAAAACUGUACAAAGAAAGCUAGUUUUGUAUCAAGUCUAUUAGUUGGUGUUGUUGCAAAUAUAUUUUUCUGCCAUUCUUGGUCAUUUUGUCAUAUUUCGUCUAGAAAAGUUGUAUAUAUACUUUACUUUGUGUUGUUUUACGCCACUUCUAUUUCUCUUACUGUAUCAUCAAAUGUAAUUUCGGGUUCCGUGGAUAAUUUUUCAAUAGGUCUAUAUGCAGCCAUUGCUUUUCAGAUCAUAUUUCUUGCCUUGUGUUUUGUUUUCAGAGAAUGUAAAAGGAAAAGAUUAUUGCAAACAUAAAAAGCUUAUUAUAAAGUUUUGUGACACAAUUCAUAAACAGUUAUAUAAUUUACUUCAUCAUGCAUUAUUGUGAUUUGAAAAUAAAAUGUUUCGUAAUAGUUUGAAUUUUUUUCUUUAUCCAUGUUUU